AUGAUCAGUGAGUGAGGCGCACGAACGGCAAACUUUGGGCGGGGAAAGCCACACAUAAGCGCCCGCAUGCUGAUUUCAACUUCCGCGUAUCACAAGACACGAUCGUCAAGGAUGUGCUCAGCGCAGAUCCAUUCGAACAGCGACGCUCUCAAGCUGCUCUGCUGGGAGUUGGGCCAGGCAUGCCGCUGUUCUGGAAACCUAGAAUGAGACUCAUCGCAGCUAUCCCCGUCGUUCGUCAAGGCUCGACAAUGCGAGCUCCAGCGACGGACGAAGAGGCUAUCAAGGGCCUCAAUUUGCAAGCUGAUCAAAAAGGCGGAUCUGCGCUGCAGGAAGACGAUUCCGACGACGAUGCGGUCAGGUCUCACAGCACGAGCGUCGCGUAA